CACAAGACAAGUGAGUGAGGUCACAACAACACACCAUCUCUUCCCUCAUUCUUCCUCUUCAAUCCGAUAACGUAAGUUUCCAUCACUCGAAUGUAUCUUUGUCCAAAUGCAAUGCUCUAAUUAUCUAUCACUCUUAUUCCGAACACAACACAAGUCUUCAAUUAAAUCCAUAACGAAUAUCUCCUUACUCUGAUAUUCAAUGGCAAAUCUCGUUCCCUCAUUCUCAUUCUCAGUGAUUCCUCGGAAUCAGCAUAAAUACGGAACCAAAUGUUGUUUCUUUCACAAAUCCUGUAUCCAAAGGAAACAGCAAAAUCUCAUUAGCCCCUUUUCCCAGAACCCCACUUCAAAAUUAUGCGCCACAUCAAGGUUGUCUGUUGAGGAAACUCAGCAGCAACUCACUGCCUUUAUCAAAGACCAAGACCUCAAAAGGGCAUUGUCUUAUUUGUUUAGGACAGAAAUUGGUGACGGUUUGGUGAAAGUUUAUGUUACAAAGAAAGAAGUUAGGUAUUUUGUCUAUAUUGAGGUUUCUUCCUUUGAGUUAGGUGAUGGUGAAAGGGAAAGGGAAAAACUUGUGUUGUGUUGGGGUGUGUAUAGAGCUGAUUCGUCGUGUUUCUUGCAUCUGGGUUCUUCAGUGAUGAAUCUGAGCCCCUUGGUGCAGAUUUCUGCUGACAAGUUUGCAGUUGAGUUGGAAUUUGAUGCUAAACAAGUUCCCUUGUACUUGUCAUUUUUCUUGAGAGAUGGUGGGUCGAAUGGCUUGGAAAUCAGAAGCCAUAUGAAAAGGAAUUUUUGUGUGCCGGUUGGUUCUCUCCGGGGAUACCCUGCUCCACUGGGGCUCUCUUUUAGUCCUGAUGGUUCUGUGAAUUUUGCCAUUUUCUCAAGACAUGCUGAGAGUGUGGUUUUGUGCUUGUAUGAUGACAGUGGUGUGGAGAAACCUGCUUUGGAGCUUGAUCUGGAUCCUUAUGUCAAUAGGUCAGGUGAUAUCUGGCAUAUUUCAUUUGAGAGUGCCUGGAGUUUUGUGAGCUAUGGUUAUCGUUGCAGAGGACCUCUUCUUCAUGAUAAUAGUUAUGCUGAGCAUAUUCUUUUGGAUCCCUAUGCUAAGAUUAUUGGCAAUUCUCAUCCUAAAGGUAAGGGGUCAGUGAUCAACCUUGGACGUUUGGGGAAGGAACCUUCUUUUGAAUGGGGUGAUGAUUAUCAUCCGAAUUUGUCCAUGGAAAAACUAGUGGGGUAUAGGUUGAAUGUCAAGCGCUUUACGCAGCACGAGUCCAGCCAACUUCCAAGUGAUUUAGCUGGGACCUUUUCUGGUUUGGCUAAAAAGGUGCAGCAUUUCAAAGAUCUGGGUGUGAAUGCUGUUCUUUUGGAGCCGGUUUUCACAUUUGAUGAUAAAAAAGGACCAUAUUUUCCUUGUCAUUUUUUCUCUCCAAUGCACACUUAUGGACCCUCUGGGGAUCCUUUAUCUCCUAUCACGUCUAUGAAAGAGAUGGUUAAAACUAUGCAUGCCAAUGGGAUAGAAGUUCUCAUGGAAGUUGUUUUCUCCAAUACUGCUGAGAUUGGUGCUCUGCAUGGAAUUGAUGACUUAUCCUACUAUUAUGCAAAUGGAGUUGGUGAUUUGAAGAUACAGAGUUCUUUGAAUUGUAACUAUCCCAUAGUGCAAAAUUUGAUUCUGGAUAGCCUUCGGCAUUGGGUAACUGAGUUUCACAUUGAUGGCUUCUCUUUCAUAAAUGCCUCAUAUCUAUUGAGGGGGUUUCAUGGAGAAUACUUGUCUCGACCUCCACUGGUUGAAGCAAUUGCUUUUGACCCAGUACUCUCGAAGACAAAAUUCAUUGCAGAUUGCUGGGAUCCCCAUGACAUGGUAACAAAAAAGGAAACUCGUUUUCCACAUUGGAUGAGGUGGGCUGAAAUAAAUACAAAUUUUUGUAAUGAUGUGAGAAACUUUUUAAGGGGUGAAAAUCUUCUUAGCAAUCUUGCAACAAGACUUUGUGGUAGUGGGGACAUGUUUUCUGAUGGACGAGGUCCUGCAUUCUCUUUUAAUUACAUUGCCAAGAACUUUGGACUUUCUCUUGUUGACGUAGUCAGCUUCAGCGGGGUUGAGCUAGCAGCAGAACUAAGUUGGAAUUGUGGAGAAGAAGGACCUACUAAUAACACCACUGUCCUUGAAAGAAGGCUCAAACAAAUCCGCAAUUUCCUCUUCAUCUUGUUUGUGUCAUUAGGAGUACCUGUUCUGAACAUGGGAGAUGAGUGUGGUCAGUCUUCUGGUGGUUCUCCUGCAUAUGGUGACAUAAAGCCUUUCAACUGGGGUGCUUUGAAAACAGGCUUUGGUAAACAAACCACCCAGUUCAUUUUCUUUUUAAGUUCAUUGAGAAAUAGGCGGAGUGAUCUUCUUCAAAGUAGGAGCUUCUUAAAAGAAGAAAACAUUGAAUGGCAAGGAAGUGACCAGGCUCCACCAAGAUGGGAAGAUCCAUCAUGCAAGUUCCUGGCCAUGACUUUGAAGGCUGAAAAAUUGGAGUUCCCAGAGAGCUCUGUAUCCUCUGAUAUAUCAGGGGAUUUAUUUAUUGCUAUCAAUGCAACUGAUCAUCCAGAAACUGUAGUUUUACCCCUACCUCCUGAAGGGAUGUCAUGGUUUCGUUUAGUUGAUACAGCUCUUCCAUUUCCUGGCUUUUUCUCAACCAGUGGUGAAUUUGUCUCUGAGAAGACACCUGGGUUGUUUACUUACCAAAUGAAGUCUUACAGCUGCACUUUGUUUGAGUCAAGCAACCGUAGCAGUUAAACAAAUACUUUCCCCGGGCAGGACUUCCCUCCCCAAUCCUCAUACUUUGUAAAUUGUCAUUACAAGCAAUUGGCCUCUCAAUUGUAGGUUUAUAGAUGAAUUAAUAUGAUAUAAGAAUAAAUUGGUGAGAAUAUGUACCAGGCAAUGUCUGCUGGAAUCCUGUGUAAAUACUCAAUAUUUUCAUUGUAAUUGUUUCUUAUGCUCAUUGA